CGGGGGGGGCUUUCUCCAGCUGGAACCAGCCCCGGGCUCUGCCCGCCCCCGCCCCGGCUGCAGAACGACGCUCACGUUUCGUUCCGGUUCAUCCCGUCCUCCCAUGGGUCAGGGGAGCGACAUGGCCGCAGAGGAGCCAGCUGAGGGGCCGGUGACCUUCGAGGAGGUGGCUGUGUAUUUCACCAGGGAAGAGGGGGCUCUGCUGGACCCCGCUCAGAGAGCCCUCUACAGAGACGUCAUGCAGGAGACCUAUGAGAAUGUGACCUCGCUGGGGUUUCCAGUUUCCAGAACUGAUGUGAUCUCGCAGCUGGAACGAGGGGAGGAGCCGUGGGUCCCAGACGUUCAUGGCUCUGAGAAAAAAGUGCUCCUGAGAGCUGCCUGCACAGGUGUUGGGAUGGUGAGUGAAAACGAGGAGGAACCCCAGCAGGAAGAUGCUGAGCGAGUAGAAGCACAUGGGAUGUUCUCAGGAAGGUCCAAAGGGAAUGAUUCUGGGAGCUGUGCAUGCCCAGAAAAAACAAAAGCCUGUGAGAGUCAGCAGAGGCCAGAGGAAAACUUCAGUAGCCAGUCAGACCUUCUUACACGUGAGAGAAUGAACUUGGAAGGAACACGCUACACAUGCCUCGAGUGUGGGAAAAGCUUCAAAGGGAGCUCUGACCUUCUCACACAUCAGAGAAUCCACACGGGUGAGAAACCUUACGCGUGCAGUGUGUGUGGGAAAUGCUUCAAGCGGAGCUCACACCUCAUUGCACAUAAGAGAAUCCACAUAGAUGAGAAACCUUAUGGCUGCCCUGAGUGUGGGAAACACUUCAAGCAGAGCUCACACCUUAUUCCACAUCGGAAAAUCCACACGGGUGAGAAACCUUAUGGAUGCCCUGAGUGUGGGAAACACUUCAUUGACAGUUCAUCCCUCCUCUCACAUCAGCGAAUCCACACAGAAGAGAGGCCCUACACAUGCUCUGAGUGUGGGAAAAGCUUCAGUUAUAGCUCAGCCCUUACUGCGCAUCAGCGAAUCCACAAGGGUGAGAAACCUUAUGGAUGCCCUGAGUGUGGGAAAUGGUUCAUUGAUAGCUCAGCCCUCAUCACACAUCAGCGAAUCCACACAGGAGAGAGGCCCUACACAUGCUCUGAGUGUGGGAAAAGCUUCAAUCGGAGCUCAAACCUGAUCACACAUCAGCGAAUCCACACGGGAGACGCACCCUACACAUGCUCUGAGUGUGGGGAACGCUUCCGUUAUAGCUCAGCCCUUAGCACACAUCAGAGAAUCCACACCGGUGAGAGACCCUACAUAUGCUCUGAGUGCGGGAAAAGCUUCAAUCAGAGCUCUACCCUAAUCACACAUCAGAGAACGCACACAGGAGAGACCCCUUACAUGUGCUCUGAGUGCGGGAAAAGCUUUAAUCAGAGCUCUGUACUGAGCACACAUAGAAGAAUCCACACGGGUGAGAAACCUUAUGGAUGCUCUGAGUGUGGGAAACACUUCAAUCGGAGCUCAUACCUUAUCAUACAUCGGCGAAUCCAUACGGGUGAGAAACCUUAUGGAUGCGGUGAGUGUGGGAAACACUUCAGUCAAAGCUCAGCCCUUAUCACACAUCAGCGAAUCCACACAGGAGAGAGGCCCUACACAUGCUCUGAGUGUGGGAAAAGCUUCAAGCAGAGCUCAACCCUUAUUAGACAUCAGAAAAUCCACAUGGGAGUGAUCUGUAACAAAUGCCUUGACUAGGGCUGGCCAAAGGUGUGUUUUUUUUUUUAAAUCACAUUUGCUAAUUCCCUCUCAGUGAUCUGUGCCCCAUCUUCACCGUGGUUACUCAGCUCCCCCAGAUGAGUUGCCUGCUUCUGCCUUUUGCAGCUCACCCUUCUUUGGGGUCAGUCCUGUGAUCUUUUCUAUCAACUCCUUUCCUUUUGAGUCGAAGGAGCGUGUGUCCCUCCAGCCAGGAAUGUUCAUCAGCUCCGGGUGGGAGAGAGGUUUGUUCCCAACAAGCUACACUGAGGAAAACUACCCGCACCGUACAUCCACUAGGACUGCACAUGGCGUUGGCUGCUGAAGUCAGUGAUCUUGGUGUAAAACCACAACUACAGUUGUUGUGCAGAUGCAGCCGAGGUGCAGUGGUUGGCAUUAGCUUUCCCCUUGUCCUGACCUAAACUCCAUCACUUUUCCUAGUCUAAACAAACCCUGAGCAUCCCGGUUAUACUGUUCCCCCAUUUAAAAACACUUGUUAGUCAUCAAGUUCCCCCACCAGGAACAUAUUGUUUCAUUCCCAGUUGUCACAGUUCAUCAAAGCGCUGUUGCUUCAGGCUUUCCUGAAGGCAGAUAUUUUUACUACCGUUUUCGUCCCUUUAAAAUAUAUUGAAGUAUAGCAAAGAGCAGGAACAGGGAAGGGAUAGGGAAAAAUGUCUUUUCCCCUCUGUAACAACAGAAGAACAUAGGGUAAAUCAGAGGGAUUCUCCAUCGCCAUCCCAAUCCCCCUCUUCUUCAAUUGGUAAGGUCACUAUUUCCCAAAGGGGCUGGGAAGAGGAUUCUCUAUUAAAUGAUUUGGAACUAAGCAAAACACCAUUCAUUUGCCUCCCAAAGCAGUUGUGGCCCAUGCCCUGCAGGAGGUUGCUCCUGAAGUCUCCCCUUCCUAAUCAGGUGCAUGUUGCCUAUUAUUUGGGAAAUGCAAUCCCUUCCUAGGUAGAGAUGGGAAAAAUGGAAUUGACAUUUCUGUUCAACUCACUCCUGGGAGAUGCUGUAAAUGUGUAGGAAAUGAAAUCCAUAAGGAAUGUGAUGGAGCUGCAGAAAGACACCUAUUUUGAGUAGAUACCUGACAUUUGGUGUCUUACAGGGUUUCUAAGCUGCACCUGAAUUUAGUCCCUUAUUUAAAUCUGCGCCACCAGAUUAAAGAAACAAAAGGGCAUAUUUGGGGGAGUUAUACCUCACUAUCGCUACUGGUAUGUUGUGUGGUUGGUGAAGAAUUCUACGCCAGAGAAGUGUAAAAUUGCUACAACUCAGGUCAAAGAUUUGACAAGAAAUCAGGUAGAAAUGACAGGUACGAGUGGUUGAUUUUCACCCCAGAGAUGGACGCUCUGGUGACCUGUGGCCGAGGUAAACUGUUUUUAGAACGCUGCUCCCUAUUGAAGUGGCAUUGCUCACACUUCUAAAGGAUGCCGUGAUGAAACUGGGAACAACUGUCUUUUACCAUUUGGAUCCAAAGUUUGGAUCCAGAGAGAAACAGCUGAUUCCUUCAGAGCCAUCCCAUGCCUAUGGGUCCCAAACUGGCUGCCUUGCUGGACAAGAAGCACUUCCGUGUUGGUAAAAUGAUGGUAGCCAAUGAGGGAAUGUAACAGAUUCCAAGUUCAGACUGCAGGAUACAUGAAUGCUGAGUCCAGAGUCUGUGGUUUGGUCUCUUAGUUUUGCUCUUGAGUCUAAUGCAUUUGUCUCACUUCUCCGCCUCCUGCUACUCUGAAAGAUUAGAAAGUGUGAAAGUAGAGCACAGGUGGUUUUUCUCAUGAUGCAGCCUUCCCACGUAGUGUGAGACCCCUUCCACCCACACUUCUGGGAGAAGACCCGGGGAGAAAUGAACUCUCAGAAAUGGAAGGCUCCUAGGUUAUGGUAGAAUGUGACUUCACACAGAGCUCACUGGGUGAAAAUGGGAAUUAAGAGAAAACUGCCCUAAAGGUUUAUAGUUUGUAAUCUUUGAAUAAAUUGUUACCAGCAACAACAAAAUUACACGUGAAGUUUAUUAGUGUAACGUAAGAGGCUGAUUCUGUGAUCACUUUCAGUGUCACAGUAUAAUUCAGGUUUUCUUCUAGCCCCCUCCUACAAAAUAGCAAAUGGUGGCUAAUCCUGCAAUUAAAACCUGACUCCAAAGGAAUGAGAGUGGGGGAACAUGUGAGAGAAAUAGCAUGUACGAGAAUAGAGACCCAGUAUAGACUGGAAUAAUUUCUAUUUCAAAUGGAAUUUAUUUGGAUAAAUUUUAAAAUAAAUCUUCUGUUAGGAGGAAAAUUACUUGAGACAAGAUGUGGAACCUUUUCCCCAGUGAGAGGGGAACAGCCAGAGAGUUCCCCAGGGCUCUGGUUCGCAAAGCAAAGAUGUCACAUUAGGCAGGAGAUGUCAAGAUCUACAGUGGUGAUGGGCGUGUGAUGGGAGCUUUUCUGGGUGGUUGUUGUUUGAUUGGUUUUUUUCAUGUAAUUUUUGUUUUGUUUUUGCAACCAGUUAUUUUUAUAGGUGCUGAGGCCCCUUCUCCUUUUGAGCACAGCUCUUUACCCCUCAGGCCUGGCUCUGGAAACCUCAGAACCGGCUUUGUGUUUCUUUCAUGUUUGCUAUCUUUGGGGUUCGGAAAUCCACACGACAUGCGGUUCACAGCAACGGAUACUUUGAGAAACCUGCUGGGUGAAGCAGGCCUUUUCCAAACUGACAUUGGCCCAAAUUCUGCCUCAAUUCAGCUGGAUUGGGACACGUCUGUGUCAAAGGAGUGGUUCACACCUGAUUUGCCCAGAGACCUCAGGGGAGGGGUGGUUAGAUAUAGGAUAAGUAGGAAUGGACAACAAUGAGGUUAAAUAUAAAGGUGAAAGACCCUCACCUUGCAGGUCAACAAGCCUGUUCUGUUCAUUCCCUCCGAUGCAUCUGGCACUGGUCACUCUCAGGUAGCACACUGGGCUUGAUGGACCAUUGGUCUGACCCAGUCUAUGACCAGUCUUGCGUUCUUGUGUUCUGUAAGCCCUCUACGGCCUUGUCUACACGGGCAAGUUUCUGCACAGGAAAGCAGCUUUCUGCAGUGUAACUCCCGAGGUGCACACACAGAUUUCAUGAUGCAUGA